CAUCUACUUACUAUCAAACAGUUGUUUCCUUUUGUUUCCAACGAAACAUUGGAGUAUGGGAAUUUUACUGCUGUUUCUUGUCGUGUUACGGUGAAGUCAAUGCAUCUCAGUUUCACUAGUUGUAGUGCGAGAUCGGUCCUUGUUUCAGUUGUCUUCAGGUAGGCAUAUGUUGAGGAAGGUUAAAGGAAGGAAAAAUUUGAGGGACGUAGAUUAGUUAUGCCUGUUGAUUGUGAAUAGAAGAUAACAGUCUGCCGUGUUUAUUUUGCUUUUGGAUUUCAAGGGAAGUAUCUGUUGGGACUUGGGAUUCCCUUGAUAUACGCGUUGUUAGCUAGCUUUAAGACUACAAGUCACGUUAUCCUCAAUAACAGGUGGUUGUGUUUGGGUUGGGAUCUUUGUUUCUCAGUGAUUUGGCAGGUGUAAGGUUGCUUUUUAAAAGCAGUGCCCUUUUAUCACUGAUUUUUUUUUUUGGUAGCUUUAAUAGGAGUCGCCCAGAGAUCAGAGAAGAUUAUUUGAAGUUUCCUUUGUAUGCGUGAAGAAGAGUUGAAAAGGAUCAUCUGGAAGGAUGGGAGAAGUGUUGUAGCAUUAGCUGGGGUUAGUCGUGGAGACUUGGUGUCCAAAAACCCUCGUUUUGAUUCACAAGUCACUUCAGCAUUUCCCUUACGAGAGUUUUCUUCGUAAUGAUACUAGGUCAUCUACAUUAGAUAUGUUUUAAAACGGGAUGGAUGGGAUGCCAAUCUGAUGCUUUCUGCAAUUUAUACAGGUUCUAGGCCUGACAACACACUUUCUCCAGAUACUUGUGUCAUGGUGCAGGCCUAAUUCUUAUACGGCGCAUAUCUUUCUUCAUUGUCCGUUGUCUGUCUUCAAGUGGACUAAAUUGUGAAAUAGGAUCGUGGAGUUUCAUUUUAUUUGGAUUUGUUUGGUCCCUGUUGAAGAUUUCAGAUAGAUAAAUGAAGCAUAUAGUGAAGAUUAUGACGUUGUUAAUGGCCAUCGGUGCAUUAUGGGUUGGCCUUCUACAAACUUCUGUACUUCCAGCGAGCCAUACGUGGUUGCUACCGGUCUAUUUUGUUGUGUCUUUAGGAUGCUAUGGUUUAUUGAUGGUUGGAGUUGGUCUCAUUCGAUUUCCAACCUGUCCUCAAGAAGCCCUCCUAUUGCAGCAGGACAUUAUGGAGGCAAAGGACUAUCUGAAGCAAAGAGGAGUUGAUGUUAGUUCCAGUUAACUUUGUAAAUGUUUUGAAUUUUAGAUUUCUUUUUUUUUUAACUUUUUACCUUGACAUCUAAAGUAUACAAGGAGCAUCACAUUACCUCCCUCAGCAACUUUGAGUUGUUUUGGAAAUGGGUUUAAGUCUUACACAUUUCUUUCACUAA